UAGUGAGUACCAGAUCUGCUAUGGACGAUCCCCAGACCUGCUGUCUCUUCAGAAUCAUCCCUCAGGGAGAGCAGAGUAAGGGCCUGGCAGGGGCUGUUCCCCUUCCCUUGAGGCCACAGAUGAGGAACCUGUGACGUGUCACACACAGCCUGGACCUUCUCACACUCCAUACGUCUGUCUGUCCUGCUGGGCUCUGUGGUCUUUUUAAGUCAUCUGGACCAACCAUGGGAGGCAGGGACAGGACACCUACUCUCACUGCCCUUCUCUGUCUUGGGCUGUGUCAGGGCCCAUGGGACUGUGUACAGGCAGGAUCCCUCCCCAAACCCUCCAUCUGGGCUGACCCAGGACUGAUGGUCACCACAGGGAGCCCUGUCACCAUCUGGUGUCAGGGCUCUCUGCAGGCUGAUAUCUAUCAUCUGUAUAAAGAGAGGGUCUCUAAACCCUUGGAUACAGAGGCCUCACAGGAUUCCAGCAACAAGGCCAGUUUCUACAUCGAAUCUAUGAGCUCACACACUGCAGGGCUGUAUCAGUGUGCAUACAACACCAGCAGGAAUGGCUGGUCACAGCGCAGUGACCCCCUUCCCCUGGUGGUGACAGGAGCGUACAGCGCACCCUCCCUCUCAGCCCACCCAGGACCUGUGGUGGCAAAAGGAGGGAACGUGUCCCUCUCCUGUAGCUCAGAGUCCACAUUUGACACAUUCUAUCUGCUGAAGGAGGGAGGUGCUGACCCGACCAGACACAUGGAAUUGAGGAGCUAUCUUGGGAGGUGGCAGGCUGUCUUCCCUGUGGGCCCCGUGAAUGCCUCCCAUGGGGGGACCUACAGAUGCUAUGCUUCUCCCAAUACCUACCCCUAUGUGUGGUCACACCCCAGCGACCCUCUGCAUCUCGAGGUUACAGGCGUGUACAGGGAGCCCUCCCUCUCAUCCCAGCCUGGCUCCUUGGUGCUCUCUGGAGACAGCCUGACCCUCCAGUGUCACUCUGAGGCCGGCUUUGACAGAUUUGCUCUGAGCAAGGCCAAGGGGCUCACAACCCCACAGAGUCUUCAUGGGCAGCACAACCCUGACUUCCCCCUGGGCCAUGUGAAUCACACCCAUGGGGGCCAGUACAGAUGCUACAGUGGACACCACCUCUCCUAUGUGUGGUCGGCCCCCAGCGCCCCCCUGGACAUCCUGAUUGCGGGAAUGUAUGAGAAACCCUCCCUCUCUGUCCAGCCGGGGCCUUCAGUGUCCAGGGGAGAGAAUGUGACCCUGCAGUGCCGCUCUGAGAUCUGGUUGGAUACCUUCCAUCUGUCCAAGGAGGGAUCAUUUGCUCCUCUCCAGCACCUUCGUCUGCGGGACAUGGCUGCACCCUUUCAGGCCAACUUCACCAUCAGUCCUGUGACCUCAGACCACGAGGGAACCUACAGGUGCUACAGCUCACACAGCACCUCCCCCUACUUCUUGUCACUCCCCAGUGACCCCCUAGAGCUCCGGGUCUCAGAAGCAGCUGACACCAUCAGCCCAUCACAAAACAAGUCAGACUCCAAGAGUGACUACACAGUGGAGAAUCUCAUCCGGUUGGGCAUGGCUGGCUUGAUCCUGCUGGUCCUUGGGAUUCUGCUAUUUCAGGCUCGGCAUAGCCUGAGAAGACCCCAAGGUACAGCCAGGAGUUAAACACAAGAGAGAACAAUGCACCGUUCAGAGUGCUAGAGCAUUGAAAAUAAAUCUUGUGUGCCCAGGAGGUUCUGGAAGAGCAUCUGGAUCUACGCUGUGUGAACUGUCUGCAGGUCAUUGAGAGGUGGAGGAAUCAUUGUUCAUGUGCAGGGACAAUGUCUGGUCUCUCCUGCCAUUAAACUGUGGAACUUUCCAUCAUAA